AUGCAAGCCCUCCGAAACGCCAGCACCCGCUCAUCACCGCGCAAGAUCCCCCACGUGGCGGUCGUCGGCGCCGGCAUCGCGGGCUUGCGAUGCUCGGACGUCCUCGCCCGCAGCGGCGUCAAGGUGACGCUGUUCGAAGCCCGCGAUCGCAUCGGCGGCCGCGUCCACCAACGCCACGUGGGCGGCCACCUCGUCGACAUGGGGCCCAACUGGAUCCACGGCACCGAGGGGAAUCCCAUCAUGCAUCUCGCCGAGCGGACGGGCACCGCGAUCCUCGAGCCCGACGACGGCCAGGCCCUGUUCGACAGCGACGGGAUCCGGCGCCCCGACGCCGAGGCCGUCGCGCUGUCCACCAAGAUGUGGGACAUGGUCGUCGACGCCUUCAAGUACUCGGACGAGCAUACCGCCGACAUCGACCCCUCUGUCAGUCUCUUCGAGUACUUCCAAUCCCAGCUCGACCGAGAGACGGAGCUCACGCCCCGGCAGCGCGACGACCUGCUCCACGAGGCGCAGAUGUGGGGUCCCUUUGUGGGCGACGCAGUUGAGAAGCAGAGUCUCAAGUUCUUCUUCUUGGAGGAGUGCAUCGAGGGCGAAAACGUCUUCGUCGCCGGCACGUACCGGGACAUCCUGAAGGAGAUCGGCCGCUCCGCGACGGAGGCGGGCACAGUCGACCUGAAGCUCGAAACGGAGGUGGUCCAUGUCGAGACGAGAGCCGGCGACGAUGAUGGCGGUGACGUCGCCAUCACGACCGCGUCCGGCGACCGGUCGAUCUUUGACGAGGUGGUCAUCACAUGCCCGCUGGGCUGGCUCAAACGGAACCACACACAGGCCUUCACACCGGCCCUGCCGUCGCGACUCGCCUCGGCCAUCUCCAGCAUCAACUACGGCCGCCUCGAGAAGCUCUACGUGACGUUUCCGUCUGCCUUCUGGCUGUCCACCGCCGACGACGCCGCGACGGGGCCGCAACCCGACCUGUCCAGCUACCCGGUGCACACCCACUUCCACGACCCGGCCUACGUGCCUCACGCGCGCGACGAGGCGUGGAACCAAUCCAUCGUGUCGCUCGCCCACCUGCCGCCGCCCUGCGCCCACCCGACGCUGCUGUUCUACAUCUACGGGCCGUGCGGCACCCACCUGGUCGACGCGGUCAAGGAGCUCGCGCCGCACUCGCCCGCGUACGACGCCACGCUCGACCGCUUCGCCGCGGCAUUCUACUCGCGCCUGCCGCACUACGACCCGCGCGACCCGGCCUGCGUGCCCCGGGCGUUCCUCAUGACAACGUGGCAGGCCGACCCCUUCGCGGGCCACGGCUCCUACUGCAACUUCCAGGUCGGGCUCGAGCGGGGCGACGAGGACAUCGAGGUCCUGCGCGACGCCGGCGGGCUGGGCACGCAGGGCCUGUGGCUGGCCGGCGAACACACCGCGCCGUUCAUCGCCCUGGGAACCACCACGGGCGCGUGGUGGAGUGGUGAGGCCGUGGCGCGACGCAUUUGCUCCAAGUGGGCGAUCAAUGUGCCGGGAGAGGCGGCGGUGAAUGGGAGUGCUGAACUUGUACAACAACAGCAGCAGCAGCAAGACCUGCUGGAGAAGGAGACGAAGAUGAAGAAGAAGACACUAGACAAGGACAAGCCGGACGCGGCGAACUUGAGCGGGCUGGCGAUUUGA